AUGGAGCCAGAAGAUGGUGCAGACUCAUCAGUGGUGACCUCCCCAGAGCGGAAAGACAAAGUCAGGAUGAGCAAGGAGCAGUUGGACUAUGUGAAGACCAUAGUCGACCUGAAUCCAAAUUUGGAUCAAAACGAGCAUUUCUCUCUCACCCCCUCUCUCAUCCGCUUCAGGGAGGCCAGAGAUAAAGAGCAGAGCAGAGCACAGAGAGCGGAGCAGAGGGAAGUACUCUCCAGAGGUGAUUUCUGUUCAUCCGAUUGGCGAUUCCCGGCGUCCUCCUUAGCUCGUCUUUUGGUGGUUACUGCUGCCGCCGCCGCCGAUGGCCGCAUCAUUGUGUUCGCGCCGCCGCUCCUCCUCCUCCGCGCGCGUCUCUGUUUUUCUGGCCAGAGAGUUCGAAGCGUCUUAAUCUGGAGCCUUCAAGCUAAUACUCCCGGUGCGGAUCGUUGUUGUCGGCGCUUUUCGUUCGUCGAUUUUAGCUACCGGCCGAAGCCUGAAACCACGUCUCUGAUGCGGGAUCUUUGGGAGGCAAAAAGAGGAACUCUACAAUCGGAUAAUUCAACUGGAGAAAGCAGCUUGAUGCAAAACUAAACUUCGAAUUGGAAAUCGAGAGCAAUUGAGAGGAUCGUUUAAUGUCAUGAAGCACAUGGAAGACGAGGAUGAUGUCGAAAUAUUGAAAGAAGCUGUUGUUUUGCCGGCGGAUCCGAGGGGAAAAGGAGGAAAAUCUUGAGUAUCUAGAAGCGCAUGAGCUUCCA